UGAGUCGCUACAGGGAGAAGGACGUGCGCGUAGCCACACGACUGGAUCACCUGGAUUUAAUGGCUCAAGCAAAGUUCACAAAAAUAAGGACGAAUUAAGGGAUAAGGGAGGGAGGGAAGGAAGGAAGGCUAACGGGAGUCAUGGGGAAUGGAAGAGGUGUCUCAGGUGCUAAUGGCCUGAAAAGUCAGGUUGUGGAGAUCCUGGCUCCUCGGAAGAAACCUUUGUUUCACCGCUGGUUCAAGAUCCUGCUCGGCCUGGUGUUCCUCGCCGCCUGCUACACUCUGUACAGUGGCUCUCUGACAUGGAGGACCUCUCCACUAGAAGGGCAGUACCACAGGCUCCUUAAUUGGACCAAUCUGCUUGCAGUCCGGCUUUCUGACAAAAUUCAUUCAAGCCCCACAUAUAAUCUCAGUGAAAUCGAAGAAGCCACCCAAUCCCACACUGAACUUCCUACAUCACUUCCUACAACACUUCCUACUGCAGCACCUACAGGAACUCUAUACCACCAAGCCUACGCACGCAACUACCACUUCAUUAUGAAUAACCCAGAGGUGUGCAAAACCAAAACCCCUUUCCUGAUCCUGAUGGUUCCAGUAGCACCAGGUAACGUACAAGCCCGGGAUGCCAUCCGGCAGACAUGGGGCAACCUCAGCCUGGUUCAGGGGGAAGUGGUGGUAACUCUCUUCAUGCUUGGACUCUCUAAAGAAGCUGAUGUGCAGCAGCAAGAGAAGCUCCAACAGGAGAACCUUCAGCACCACGACCUGAUCCAGAGCAACUUCAUGGACACCUACCUCAAUCUGACAAUCAAAACCAUGGUGAUCAUGGACUGGCUGGCUACCUUCUGCCCAACAGCAGCGUACGGCAUGAAAAUUGACUCAGACAUGUUCUUGAACAUUGACAAUCUGGUGAUUAUGCUGAGUAAGCCCGGUAUACCCCAGGAGAACUACCUGACAGGGAUGCUUAUGUGGAACAGGCCAGUUGUCCGUUCAUUGGACUCCAAGUGGUAUGUCCCUGAGGAGAUGUACCCAGACCCCUCGUACCCGACCUACACCCUGGGCAUGGGAUACGUCUUCUCCAAUGAUCUUCCAAGGAAAUAUGUGGACAUCUCAAUAUCAAUAAAGCCCUUUAACAUAGAGGACGCCUACAUUGGCAUGUGCAUGAAAAAGCUAGGACUUGAACCCACAUCUCCACCAAAUCCCUCCCAGUUCAAGGCCUAUGUCGGGAAAUACGACCGCUGCGAAUUUUCACAGAUCAUAACCUACAUCCUUGGUUCUGCAGAACAGUUGAUAAAUUACUGGACAGACUUGAAAAGGCCUGAGCCACCUUGUUAGGACACUGACUACUACAGAUACAGAGAAAUCGUUUGACUUGAAGGGGUUGGGCGACAGAGUCCCGGGAAGUGUACUUAUUUGUAGAAUUAUUUUUCCUUAGUUCAGAAUGUGAAUGAGCCAAUUGUGAUUCAAUACAUUGGUUUCUGAACAAGUGCACCAAAUAAAUAUGAGCAUUUAUUUACUUGGUUGAAUUUAAAACUCCCAAAAAACCUUAUGAAGGAUCUGUGUAUUUGUUAUGGUUUUGUUUCUGAUAGAAAUGGGUGGAAGUGGAAAUGUAAUCAGGGUUUCUGUAUUGUCUAUCCUGUAGUUGUAUGCACUAUACAUUUUUUACGUUUUAUGCAAUGAUGCUGCACAAAUGUUGCCAUUGGUACAUUUAUGGGAAGAAACGUUGAAUAUUACAACUGUUAACUCUCAGGUAACCUUUUAAGUGAAAGAAGCCAUUGGCCACUGACACAGGUUAUUAUUUUCCAUUUAGUUUUGCACACUAAUGCAUGUUUUUGAAAUGAUAGCGAUAAAACAAACUACUAAGGAGUCCUUUAAAAAAUGUUGGAAAAGAAGGUGAGCGUCUGUUUGUGCUCCUGCUCUUUGUUGCCCUCUUGUCUCACCUGUAGCUGGUUCUUCUACCAGGUGGACCUGACCUGGGAAUUAAAGCUGGUCAUGGGACGUUUGGGACGUUUGGUUCUGCUGUUUUUAUAUAUUGUGUUGAGUUGUAUAUUGGUGUCAAUAAAGCUCAUGGCUCCGGUGGUUUCAA